AUGGAUUCCAAUGAUUUGAACAAUCUCUCCGAAGUUGAGUCUCUGUCUGACUCCGACUGGCUGGACAUCAGCUCUCGGGCCUCCGAGGACAACGAUUCCCUGGAUGAUAGUGAUCGUGAAGAUCUCGCCUCCGACUACAGACCGCCUUCGCGCAGGUCGCUUGCAAGCUUCGGUAGCUCUCGUGAAGGCGAGAUCCAAGGCUGGGAGGGUAUCAUCGAGGACGGGUCCGACGAGGUGCCUCCCGCCGCCUCUCCCGAGGUUACCGAAGAGGAUGCAGCAAUAGCCGACCCCAUCCUCCAGUUGUCUCAGCAGUCCCUGUCGUUCAGGAUGGUUGCACUGUCUGAGGCUGCUGUGGCACGGCACGCCGCACUCGACGACCCCGAGGAGGACCGCAAGGUCAAGGACGGCCUCGACCAGAGCAUGGUCAGCACCCUCAGUGCGUCUCGUUCGAACUCGCUCAAUGCCUCAGUCCAGACGUCCGUCGUACACUCUCGCGACCUCCGUCUGUCCUUCCCUGAUCCCCUCACCAGCACCAGCCCCGGUGCACACUCGGUUAGUCCGUCCUACGAGGACAUCACCGCCGACACGGACAUCGGCACGGGCACCGGUAUAGCCCUGUCAGAUAGGGAGACAGAGACGGAAGGCUCUACGGACGUCGUCACAGCGCCCGCUGCGGUUCCGGGCUCAACCACCACGCCCACGGACGCUCGCGUGGUUGCAGGCGCACGUACGGAGAUCCAUUCCAGUGCUGCGGUCGACUUCAAUAUCGUCCUGUACGGCACAUCCUCGGAGACCAAGCAUCGUGUUGUUCACAGACUGCUUGAGAAGCUCAUGGCUGCGACGCAGUGCGGCUUCUCGUCGCUCCCGCCGAUCGACGUACCUCAGAACAUCCGAGCGCUGCUCACUGGUGGUCGCUCGGCGCACCCGCACUAUACCAUCUCUAUCGUCGAUCGCACUGAGAACGUGCUAUCUAUUGGUGGGAAGGAGGUAGGUCGUUCUGCCUAUCAUUAUCGGCCGUCGCUCGCUAUCGUAUUCCUUCCGUCUGCGAACAUAAUCGUACCCGACCAUACGCUGUACCUCCCUGUCCUUCACAACCAAGAUGAGCUCGAGAAGGAGGGCGAAUUGACCACUUCUGGUGACCGCCUGCUCGAUGCUGAGCACCAGUGGGACGGCUUCGGCAUUGUCAGGAGUAGACUCAUCUCCCACGCUUUCACGUCUGGCAGGUCAGCCGUGGUCGAGGAGGAGGAGAUCGAGGAGGCAUCACCUGCCAAGGUCCGCCGCGCUCUCAGGCCGCUCCUUCCAUGGUCCGAACAGUGGGCCCGUUACCACCUCGCGUCACGACAUGCAUUCACUUUGUUCGCGAUCCUCUCCAUUGUGCUCGGCUAUCUCGUGAACGGGUCGCUCCCCCUCCCGGGAAUGCGCCGUGCUUCUCCCACACUCGGCAUGGUUGCGCGUCCCGCUCCGACGCCGAUAAUGAACGCUUCCCUCCCGGCACCCGCAACGAGCCCGUCCAGUGUAGGACUGAUCGCGUCCUCCCUCAAAGACUUCGCCUUCGCGGCGGUCAGCCCCUACGCUGUUGCGUCCACGUCCUCCGUUGCAACCAAGGCAAUCCCGUCUUCGACCACUGCACCCGCCGAGGACGCCGACCGUGCUGGCGCACCGUCGGUGUGUGCCUGCGGAUGUGGACUCAUCACCUGGCCGGAGAAGUUCAGGCCCACCACGGAUCUCGUGCUGCGCCCGACGCCACCCACGCCUGCGCUCAGCAACCAGGCGUUCACCAAGGGUCCUGCCUUCGCUGUAAUCGCUCCCCCGCCUACCUCAGCGAAGGGCAAGGGCAAGGCACGUGCUACGGACGCCGAAGACGAGUCUCUGUACGCGCUGAGCACCCGCCUCGCGGGCGCGCUUUCGGAGUACUUCGACAUGCGCAUGAUGUUCACGCAGACGCGGAGCGAGCUUCAGGAGAUCAUGGACGCGCUUGACGACCUCACGCGGGCGAUCAACGAGCAGACGGGUGGCGUGUUGGAGCAAUCCAAGGCGACCAUCGAGGUCGUCCGGGAGAACAUUAGGGCGCGGCACGAGCGUGCCAAGACGCGUGCGAAGGAGCUGAGGGCGGCUGGGGAGAGGCUGUUUUCUUCGGUCAGCGAGCGGGUGCGCGGAAGGGUGUCGACCGCCAAGGAGAACGCGAGAGUCCUCCGGGAGAACGUGCGCAUGCGCCGGGAGGACUCUAAUUACUUCCGGAAGGAGAGGCGUGAGGCACGACGGGAGCGGAAGCAGGAGCGCAGGGCGGAAAGGGCGGAGAGACGGGCUCGCCGUGCGCAGUCAGUCUAGUGAGGUGGUUGGUGGGUAGUGUGUGCGUCGAGCGCACAUUCUCGGUUUAUCUAAUGCAGUAUGAUCCCUCUGGCAUCGGACUCUACACUGGUCAUAUGUUUCCUGUACCACCCGGUUUCACAUCGCGCACAUAGCUACUCGAUUGUAUGAUAUAAGGGAAGAAGAUAAAUUGUAUACAUAGCAAUAUGAGCUUG